CUCCAAGUGAACGCAUGGAUCAACACUCCUACAUGACAAAGCGGACAUGGAGUGAGCGCGCCGCAGGAAAAUAGAAACAGACGAACGUUUUGGGAGGAAAGAUAGCCAAUCUAGUUCUAUCUUUUUACAUUGACCUUGGGUUGUUGUAAACAAUUACAGUCAACGUUUGUUCAUGUAUAGUUGCUGAAACAUCUAUAUUUUUCACUCAAAGUUAACUUUCCGCGUAUUUUUCCUUCUGCGAACACAAAUAGAUAUAGCCUAUUUAUCCAUAGAGCAUCAUCGCAGAAGCUUGAUAGUGCUGAAGUGAGAACACCGGCGGAUGUGAGGAGAUAGUGUUUUUAUAGACUCAACCCCUUUUUCUUUCAAUCAUUCUCUUUCUUUUUGUUUGGUCCAACAAUAGAGAGAGAGAGAAAUAGGGAGAGAGAGAGAGUCACAGGCAUUGGACCUGCUUUUAUGCCGUCAGUCUUGCGGACCCUGAGAUGGACGUGAGAUUUUAUCCAGCACCCCCUUCAAGCGUGGGCUCAUGUACAUUACCAACUGAUUCAAGUUGCCUGACCUCUUUGGACUAUUAUCACUGCAACAAGAGCAGAUACGGUGCAUCAGGCGACCGCGGCGUUCGACUCUAUAGCUCCAUGCCCAUGCGCCCCAACCCCGACGGGAAGAGACUGCCCUCUGCUGGGUUUGAUGGUGACAACAUGUACAUGAAUGAAAAUAACCAGGAGUUUCUCUCCCCAAAUCAGAGCUAUUCCGGACAGGGAGGAGGAGGAGGUGGUGGGAACGGUGCGGGGGACGAGGACUACGAGAUCCCCCCCAUCACCCCUCCUAACCACGCCGAGCCCUCCCUGCUCCACCUGAUGGACCCCGAGUCGGGCUACCUGUGCCACUCCCUAGGGGCCCACCACAACGGCCUGCUCAACCCCUACUCCUACCAGGAGCUGCCCGCCCUCAUGAUGUCCAAUAUGCUGGCCCAAGACGGCCACCUGCCCUCCAGCCACCUGCCCUCGAUCCAGGAGAUGACUCGCCACGACGGCUCACAUUAUGACCUCAGCCGUCACAACCCCCAUCUGAUAAACAUGUCACCUAGGAUACUGUCCCAUCAGCCCAUGAGUGCACUGUCCCAACUGAACUCUCAGGUUGGCCGGAGCGCUCUUACCCAUGGUUCUCCCUCACCUCCUGGAAGUAAAUCAGCCACACCCUCUCCCUCGAGCUCUACACAGGAAGAGGAAACCGAUUCACACCAUAAGAUGACGGGCGAGAAGCGGCCUUCCUCAGAGAUGAUGAAGCCCAAGACCAAACCGCAGAAGAAGAAGAAGAAAAAGGACCCCAACGAGCCGUCGAAGCCCGUUUCGGCCUACGCCCUCUUCUUCAGGGACACCCAGGCGGCCAUCAAGAGCUCAAACCCCAACGCCACCUUCGGGGACGUGUCCAAGAUCGUGGCCUCCAUGUGGGACAGCCUGGGGGAGGAGGCAAAACAGGGCUACAAGAGGAAAACAGAGGCGGCAAAGAAAGAGUACCUGAAAGCCCUGGCCACGUACCGAGCCACUCUGGUUACCAAGACCUACAAUGACCCUGUGGAGACGAAAAGUGUCCAGACGAGCCAGCCUUCCUCCCACAUGAUGCCCCCCAAUCCACCCCUGUACAGUGUGCCACCCCAGCCCUCCUCCCCCUACAGUCUGGGGCCAGGGGGCUUCCCCCUGUCGGACAUGCAGGGCUACGCGGGGGCUACGCGUCACGCACUCUCCCGGACCCUCAGCCAGUCUCAGAUGCUGCCCAGCAUUAGUGCCUCUCCCCCUUCCUCCUUCCAGAUCAGCCCGCCCUUGCACCAACAGCUCUCCAUGCACCAGAACUCCCUCCUCAACCAGCCAAUCCGCAUGCAGCAUGGCCAGUCCCAGCCAAUCAUCUCCCACCAGAUGGGACUCCAGGCCUCUCUUCACUCACCUCCUCCUGGCCAGCAGGGAUUUUCCCACCUACAGUCAGAGUACCAGAAAAGUGUGGGUUCCCAGUCUCCAGGGGCCCCUAACGCUGGAGGGAGACAGAACCACGAGUGGGACAGUGAAUACUGCGAUCGGGAGUGUGGUGGCAACCACUGCAGUGGCAGCAUGAUAGCCAGGGACAAGCCACUCUACCUCACUUGAAACUGGAGGUCGACAAGAAAAGACACCAGGGAGUCAGCCCUCAACAUCCCCACAUACACCACCGCCCCAACCCCUCAACCCACUCCUACCACCACCUCUUUUUGUCAAUGUAAUCUUUUCGGUUUUUAGAAUGAUUUGUGCAAAGUUCCGAUGACUACUAGCGAUUUUAUUCUUUUUCCCUCAGUGUAUUUCUUCUCCUGCCUGAUUCUAGAGCUCUCAUCUUUGUCUCAGAGUAAAGACAAAUUGAAGAACCAUGAAAAUUGCCCCCCUCAGGGACUAAACUGAGCUUUAAUUGGAAUAAAAUGAGCAAAAAGCAUUCUUCUUCUUUUCAUUCUUCUUCUUCUUCUCGUUUAAUCAUUUUUUAAAUUUCUUUUCUUUUCUUGUUGUUGUUUUUAUUUCUUUCUGCUUGCUACAUUUUCUUUUACAAUUGACAGUUCCUAAACUGUAGGGGAAAUACUUUUCGGGUAGGUUUCAGCACACAGGCCUUGAUGUUACUGUUGCUUUGCUUUAGGGUCUGUGAAUUAUAACAAUACAAAGUGAUGGGCUGGGAAAGGAUAAUUACAUAAAUUCAACCUUUUUUUAAUGAAAGACCUGUGGAGGUUUACCAAGCUGUCACAGUGUGAUUGUGAAUAUCACUUUGAUCAAAUUGGGAAUUCGAAGUCCAGAUAGCUUUUCUUCUUCUUUAGUAUUACCUGUAAGUCAUUGGUUUGUAUUUCAAAGUGUAUCUCGUGUGUGCGGUUGCGUGCCUGCAUGUGUGUGGGAGUGUAUGCGUGUGCUACUGUGCGUAUGUGUGCGCGUGUGCAUUUGGGUGUGUCUGUGUGCAUGUGAGUGUGUAUGCGUGUGUGUGUUUGUGUGUGUGUGUUUUGUGAAUUUUAACAGGCUGUGCAGGUGGAUUUCAAAGGAGUACUUCACACACUCGAUCUUGCAUUAAAUCUGUGCUCACUGGUAUGAUUUUUCCAAUAAAGUUACAUCAAAAACACAAUACCGAGUCUGUGUCCUGCAGAUCAUUAAAUGGAAAGAGAGAGAGAGAGCGAGAGCGAGAGAGAGAGAGAGAGAGAGAGAGAGAGAGAGUAGAAGCGAGAGAGAGAGAGGGAAUAGAAGCAAGACAAAGCGAGAGAGAGAGAGAGAGAGAGAGAGAGAGAGAGAGAGAGAGAGAGAGAGAGAGAGUAGAAGCGAGAGAGAGAGAGAGGGAGUAGAAGCAAGACAGAGAGAGAGAGAGAGAGAGAGAGAGAGAGAGAGAGAGAGAGAGAGAGAGAGUAGAAGCAAGAGAGAGAGAGAGAGAGAGAAAAUGGGAAUGAGGAAAAGCGAGACAGACACAUGCUGAACACUCAUGUUGCCUCAAAAAUCCUUUGUUGAUUAGAUUUUUCAUGUAAAUUGUCAAUAUUCACCCACUUAACAUGAAGAGGGAUCUAAAAAACGACUAUAUGUGAAUGAAUACUUGACAGAAACAUCGUAGUGGGUUUCAAGGUUUCCACCAUCUUCUUAGGUGUUUCUGUUGUGUCUCUCAUCUUUCAGUUCUGUGAUAAAUAUGAAUGUAUUUGAUGAGAAAGAGGUUCUUACUUUCACUGUAGCAUAAUUACAUGUUUUUGUUGUAAUGGAAAUAUAAUAACAUUCAAGUUAUAUAUAAGCCUGACAAUUGUAGUAUUUAAUUUGUAAAGCCGUUAUUUUUAUUUUGUAAUUGUUGUCAACAUCUUUUUUUUUUUUAAAGUUGCCCAUCAGCUAUUUGACAGGUUUGCUAUUUAUGAAAGAACAAGAGUACAUUUGUUGCUUCUUACAAUGGACGUGCAUUUUUAUUAAAAUUGUAUUGUUUAACUUUUAGGUUUGAUGAUGAUGAGGAUUGCUUUGGUUCAUCUUUUUUUUCUGCUGGUUCUUUAUUUCCUUGCCAGUGACAUCAUUUUGUGUCACAAUGCUUCUUUUAUUUUAAAUCUCCAUAAUAAUAAAAAAAAGUGAAAAGUGAAA